GCGGUAGAGGCGGCGGCGCGGCCCAAGAGGGGGGCGGCGUGGGGGGCCGGCGCGUAGCCGGGACUAUGGAGGGGCAGAGCGGCCGCUGCAAGAUCGUGGUGGUGGGGGACGCAGAGUGCGGCAAGACGGCGCUGCUGCAGGUGUUCGCCAAGGACGCCUACCCUGGGAGUUAUGUCCCCACCGUGUUUGAGAACUACACCGCCAGCUUCGAGAUCGACAAACGCCGCAUUGAGCUCAACAUGUGGGAUACUUCAGGUUCCUCUUACUAUGAUAACGUGCGGCCUCUGGCCUAUCCUGAUUCCGAUGCUGUGCUCAUCUGCUUUGACAUUAGUCGGCCAGAAACACUGGACAGUGUCCUUAAGAAGUGGCAGGGGGAGACUCAGGAGUUUUGCCCCAAUGCCAAGGUUGUGCUGGUUGGCUGUAAACUGGACAUGCGGACAGACCUGGCCACACUGAGGGAGCUGUCCAAGCAGAGACUUAUCCCUGUUACACAUGAGCAGGGCACUGUGCUGGCCAAGCAGGUGGGGGCUGUGUCCUACGUUGAGUGUUCCUCCCGGUCCUCUGAGCGCAGCGUCAGGGAUGUCUUCCAUGUGGCCACAGUGGCCUCCCUUGGCCGUGGCCAUAGGCAGCUACGCCGUACUGACUCACGCCGGGGACUGCAGCGGUCCACUCAGCUGUCAGGACGGCCAGACCGGGGGAAUGAGGGCGAGAUACACAAAGAUCGUGCCAAGAGCUGCAACCUCAUGUGAGGGGCUGUGAUGGGGAGUGUGAGGAGGGGUGGUGAGGGGCAUAAUUGUUCCCCUGCCUGCACCCAGGUUUCCUGACCUCCUGACCCUGGCUGGGAGGUCAGGACAGGUAGAGUGAGACGUUUUCCUGGCCAAGAGAGCUGGAGGGCAGAAGGAUGUUACCAUUCCCCACAUCCUUAUCCCCCCUCCUUUCCUCUGGAAGUUGAGGGAGCUAACAGGAUGGGCAUGUGGGGCAUGAACUGGGAUAGGGCAAGUGGGCAUUAGGGAAGAUGGCAUCAAGCAAUGAGUUUGGUUGAGUCCCUAUAUAAAGGGUACCUUCCCUCCCCAUCCCUGGUCCUUAUAUCCUCCUAGUCCUGUCUUUCUUCCCUAAGGAAAGUGACCAUUUUGAUUUUUUUUUCUCUCCUCUCACUUCUACAGCUGUUCUCACACAUUCUAACCUCCAGGCAACAUGCACUACAUUAUAAAGCGAGGAGAAGCCCUUCCCCCAUCAGCCCACUGGUCCUAGCUCCCCACCCCUCUUCCCUCAACAGUCCCCAAAUAAAGCCCACGUCCAUGGAAAACGGCUGUGGCUUUAGUUUUGUUGCUUUCUCAAAAAACAAUCUCCUAGUCUCUAGCAGCAAGGAGGGAAAAUCAAUCACUGCGGGGGACUUUCCUGUCCAUGCCCACAGGUGGAGCAGAGGAAAAGGUCAUUGAGUUGAAUCAGAUGUGUCCUUUUAGGAGCCAGAGGUUGGGGAAUGAGGUAUCUCGGGACUCUUUAUUCCAGUUAAUGAGGCAGACAAUCCUCGGGCCAUUGGGGGGGUGUCUUGGAGUGGACUUGUGCAAUUACUUAGCAUUACUUAGCCCCGUUAGGGCUGCCACUAACAUGGAAGGGGUCCUACUAAGUGGUGCAGGUCUCUUGCUCACCAUCUCCACCCAUGACUUGAAGCCUAUGAUGGGGGUCACAGGGUUGGGAGGGCAUCAAGAGCCUCCAUGUUACAUAAGCUGACCCUGUAUAAAGUUUCCCCCAAAGUUACUUAUUUGAUUCUGGGGUCUCCCUAAAGGCAGGGACUCCCUACAUUCCAUCCUGAGCUCAAUGUUUAUAGGGGAGUAUCAGCUGUGAGUUUGGGGUCACCCCCACACUAUCCACUAGAGAAGGAAAACCAGUGGAGAGAAUGGCCAGAGCACUUGUUGUCAGAAGGACAGUGCUGGUCUGUUUUCUCUGGAGUCUGGUUUCAGAUUGUCCUGUAUUCCUUCCCUGGCUCUGGUCCCACUGGCCUCUUUUCAGUGACAUUAUCCCCCAGGAACCAUCCCUGACCUCCCCUCCUCCCCCAGCCCUAAUCCCAGCCAAUUCUCCCAGACAUAUUGGGAAAAAACACAGACCUUACCGUCCCAUCUGCCGGAAUCCUACCUUAAUUCACAGCCCAUUCCUCCCUAGGCAUUAAGCAAAUGCACAUGACACCCCAUGGGUCACGUGGGUGGACUCGGGAGACUGAACCAGUCUUUGAGCUUCUGAAGGCCAGUUCAGUGGGGAGGAGAGGAACCUUAGGUGUGAAAGUGCCUUGAAGGGGGAAGGGACGUCUAUUUAAGAACUGGUUGCUGCAGGAGGUCCUCCUCCUGAGCCAGGUCUUCAGGGUUGAAGUUUGCCAGGUGGGGAAGGGUUAGGAAAGUCUCUGGGCAGAGGGAACAGCAGGUGCAAAUGUGGAGAAGAGAAUGAGCAUGCCAUUGUGAGGCUCCCCUGACAGCAAGAGCAAAAGACAAGCCUGGAAAGGUCCAUGAGGUGGCUGCACAGCCAGGGGAACCAGGACUUCACUCUGAGGAUGUGAAGAGCUGCCAGGGAUUUGAAGCAGAGAGUGAAGUGAUCAGACUUGUUUUUUUUGGAUAGAUGGUUAUCUGGAUGAGAUGGUGAGGGUUAGGGGUUUGGGCUCUGAGUUAGGGCUUAUAAAAGAGCUCCCCUUUCCCUAUGCUAGGUCCCAGACUUAGGAAGGGAAAUCCCUACCGACUCCCUGGCUCACCAGACCCUCCUGUUGGACUCCUGUUCUAAUUCACCUCAGCCAAUUUCAAGGAUUCUAGGAUAACUUCAAGGGCACUGGACAUCCCACCCCCUGAACUGAGACCCGGUUAGGGGAUCACUUUGAGAAUCUCUUCAAGAACUCCAAGUCCUGGGCUGAGGGUGCUGGAGAAGGCUGGGGCUCUCAGGCCUAGCUAGGUGGGUCUCUGUCUGUUCCAGAGGACUGAACUCUUCCCCUUAUGGGACCAGUCAUAAAAAUCAAUUGGGAGUUUUGACUGGUUCUUCUCCACUUUGGACUGCUCAGUACAAAGCAGGCUCAAGCCUGCGGCUGCCAAAGUGCUGUAUUGUAUCCCCCCUUUUCCCCAGCCUCCCUCCCCUGCCAUUUGCGCUCAGGGAAUGCAAACGCAUUUCAAUAUCUGCCUAAAGCAAACAUAAUUAGGAAGAUAAAUCAGUUGGAGGAGCCCCCAAAGUUUAAUACAUUUCCAAUACCACCCAGAAUGGAUUUUGGUCCCCUCUUCAGGUCUGGGUCAACAGAUGUUUUAUUUCCGGGGAGGAGGCUGUGCCUCUGGGCUGGGGAGCCCAGUGGAAGGGAGGAGAAUGGGGCUAUUCCUUGAUCCUCAAAGGCCCCCACAGGCUGGGGGAGGGGACCUUAUAGCCACCCCCACCUCAGAGGCAGGAGUCAGAUUCAGCUUCCUUCUCUGCAGCUGUUUCCCCCACAAAUUAGACACCCAUUUGAGAAACAAUGUAGCCUCGUUAAUCAUUUAAUGAAAUAAACAACUAAUCAUGCUGUGA